UCAGCAGACUUGCUUGGUUAGUGGACACGGUCUGGAAAUGGCGAUAUAUACUUCUUGGUGGCUUCUCAUAUUAUUUUGCCUGUUGCCGGACAUGAGUCAGCAGGCGGCUCUGGCCGAGGCUGACUACUAUACGGCCGGCGUGGUGGAAUUUCGCCAAUCGAUCAGUCUGUCCCCCACCUCGGAGAACGCCGCCGCCUAUGCGGAGAUCAUUAAUUCGGAGAAUGCCAGUGCCACCGACAUCAUUGUCUUCCCGGAGAGCACUCUCAACAGCGGGAGUACAGCCACAUUCGUGCCGCAUCCCGACGAGCAGGUUAAUCCCUGUCUAAGUGAUCCUAAUGCCACUUACUAUGAGGAGUUCUUUGUCACCAUUUCGUGUGCCGCCCGUAAUGCCAGCAAGUACGUGGUCAUCAACCUCACGGAGAAGCAAAAGUGCGAGGAUGUUCCAGAGGACACCAGACCCUGUGCCUCCAACGGACUGAAUGUUUACAACACCAAUGCGGUGUUCGAUCGCGAGGGCGUGGUGGUGUCACGUUACCGAAAGGUCCACCUGUACGGUGAGCCCAAGAACAGCACUUACCUGCCGGAGCUGAUCACCUUUGAGACGGACUUUGGGGUAACGUUCGGUCACUUCAUCUGCUUCGACAUCCUAUUCUACACGCCGGCACACCAACUGGCCAACGAGCAGGGUAUCACGGACUUCGUCUUUCCAGCCAUGUGGUUCUCCCAGCUGCCUUUCCUGACGGCCGUCCAGAUCCAGCAGGGCUGGGCUUACAGCAACAAUGUCAACCUUCUGGCCGCAGGAGCUAGUCGUCCUUCCAUCGGAAACAGCGGCUCUGGUAUCUACCAUGGGCGCAAUGGCACUCUUACCAGCGUGAUGAGACAGGACUCCGGCGAGCGGACCAUUUAUGUGGCCCAGGUACCUAAGUUCACGAAGAGCAGGUCCCUCCAGAAGCGAAUGAAGAGGGAUCUUGGGGGCAGUACAUCCCGGCAGGUGGCCGAAAGCUCCAGCUACUUCAUGAAGCGUGACUAUCUGGAGAACUACGAGACGGAGGUGGUGGAGCUUGGCAGCGGGGAGACUGGCAAUCUCAGCAGGACUCUCUGCCAGGGCAGCUUCUGUUGUGACUUUAACAUAUCAUGGCGUUUCCUGGAAGGAACUGGAGAUAGCUCCAGCUACUACAGCUACCGACUGGGCACUUACGAUGGCUGGCGAAACGAGCAGCGGGUGGAUGCCAAUUACAUCCGGAAUUGUGGACUGUUCACCUGCACUGGUCCUACAAUAGACGAUUGUGGUCAGCUGCUGCCCAUCUCCGGGGAGCUGCAAGAGCCACAGGUGACCUUCACCCGCCUGGAGAUCGGGACGACCUACCCAGAAUCACGGGAGUUUCUGCUGAUUCCUCAAUCGCUCCAGGACAACCUGAUGCCCCUGGAACCGAGCCAGUUCGAGUGGUCUCAGGAGAAGGCUUCAGAAGAGAGCUACCAGUACGAGGUCAGAUUUGCCCUGAAGGACUCCCAGGAGGUGAGCAACCUCCUCACCUUUGCUGUUUAUGGAAAUUAUUACGACAAUGAGUGCACUUUUGGAGUAGGCAGCGAAGAGCAGCAAGUAACCUGCGGCUACAAGAGUGGUUCCAGUCGUAGGGAGGUCCUUGGGAGUGGGCUUUUCGUUGUCUUGGCUAUCCUGGCACUGACCUGGUCAAGGAACUGAGGUUCUUCAACUAUAUUUCUGAUAAUUCUGGUCUUAAUAAUACUAUUCAGAUCGUAUGUCUCUAACCUUAAUGUCUACUAUAUAUUAUUUUUUUUUGUAAAUAUAUUACUUAAUUAAGAUUAAAGCCUAAAAGUGUGCCUACUUCGGGGAACC